CAUUCGAAAUCAUAUUGUUUAUUUUCUUACAAAUCGGUGUUUCUUAAAGUUAACUGUCCUAAAAUGAAUUAUAUACUGCAACUAUUAUUUUUGUGCUAUGUUUUUUUGAAAAUUUAUGGAGAUGAUAUUGAAGAAAAUUUUGAACAAUAUCCAGAAGCAAAAACAAUCAAAACAGAAUACGAUUUUAUAAUUGUGGGCGGAGGAAGUGCUGGAUGUGCAUUAGCUAAUCGUUUAAGUGAAAUAUCUUCAUGGGAUAUACUCCUAAUCGAAGCUGGCGGUGAAGAAAUCAAGAAACGAAUGGAUGUGCCCGCGCGAGCUAUGCAAAAUCAACACACAUCUUUCGACUGGAACUUUAAAUCUGAGCCGACAUCCGAAGCGGGGUUAAGCUUAGAAAAUCGAACACAUUUGCUUUCACGUGGUAAAGUCAUUGGCGGUUCAAGUGUGUUGAAUUAUAUGGUAUAUAAUCGAGGCGCACCAGGUGAUUACGAUCGCUGGGAAUACCUUUAUGGGAAUUUAGGAUGGGCAUUCAAUAAUGUGCAAAAGUAUUUUAGGAAAUUAGAAAAUUAUUUUGGUUUUGAUAGUAAAAUUUUGCCUGGUUAUUUUGGUCAAAAUGGUCCUUUGCAUUCUGAAGUUAGUAUGUAUCGUACUAAUUUGUCUAAUGCCUUUAUAAAUGCUUGUCAAGAAGCUGGUAUAAAAUUAACGUUAUUGAAUGGGCCAAAACAAACAGGUGUGGGACGAACACCUAUGACUAUCAAAAAUGGAUAUAGAUUAAGUUCCAAUAGAGCAUAUUUGGUUCCAAUUCGUCGAGAAAAUCUCCAUUUGAAACGAAAUUGCGAAGCCACUAAAAUUUUAAUUAAAAAUUACUCGGCCAUUGGUGUACAAUUUGCAUGUACCAAUCAAAACUACACAAUAUAUACAAAAAAAGAAGUGAUUUUAUCUGCGGGGGCAAUUAAAUCUCCACAGCUUUUAAUGUUAUCCGGUAUUGGACCAAAAGAACAUUUAGAAAAAUACAAUAUCCCCUUAAUUAAAGAUUUGCCUGUGGGGGAUAAUUUAAUGGAUCAUGUCAUUUUUUUGGGUAUGCAAUUUUCAAUAAAUAAGCCCCUAUUCCCAAAAGAAGAUACAGAUAGGCAAGAUGAAUUGUUUUUGUUGAAUAAAACAGGUCCAUUAUCUAAAUUUCCUGCGGAAGCAAUCAUAUUCUCCAAUCCAUUUGAUGGGACUCAGUUGAAUGAAGAAAUUUUAUUUUCAGCUGGAUCCAAUGAAGAAUUUUGUGGCAAUUACCAUCUAAGCACUGAAACUUGCGAGGCAGUGUUUCAAUUAAAUUCUACUAAAAAUGCGUUUACAAUACUUCCAGUAUUAUUGAAGCCAAAAAGCCGUGGAUACAUUCGUUUACGUGAUAAUAAUCCAUUUUCUGAUCCACGUAUAUUCCUCAAUUAUUUGGAAAAUCCCGAUGAUAUACAUCAAUUAUUAAUCGGGGUUAAAGAAGCUCUCAAAAUAGCCCAACAACCAUCUUUAAAGCCAUAUCAACCCACUAUACCUAAAAAUAAACUUCGAGAUUGUGCAAAAUAUGAUUUUGAAUCGGAUGAUUAUUGGAUAUGUCAAAUAAAGCAUUUAUCAUCCACAAUUUACCAUUAUAGUGGAACGUGUAAAAUGGGUCCCAAAAAUAGUCCGAGUGCUGUUGUAGACGCUGAAUUACGUGUACAUGGUAUACAAGGACUGCGUGUUAUUGACGCAAGUAUUAUGCCUGAAAUUGUAGCUGCACAUACAAAUGGCCCUACAAUAAUGAUUGCAGAAAAGGGGGCUGAUUUAAUUAAACAAUGUUGGAAUGACGUAGAAUUAUCUUACAGUGUGUUACAUAAUGAUAUCGAUUAUUAUCAAAUUUUAAAUUAUUUUUAUAGCUAACGUAUAUGAAAGCUUUUUGAAUAAUGAAGCUCGUGCACAAUUUUUUUUUUU